CAGCUGAUCUGCGGCGCGACGACAGCCAGUGAGUCCAGAGAGUUCGGGGAUCGACAGUGAAGACUGCGAGAUCGACCGGUAGAUCGCGAUCGACGGGUUGGCGACCACUGGGUUAGACCGUAGAGCUGGGGAAAGGGACCCAAUACACUUAGCAACUUAGGGGGCUACUCUGUCUGAGGCCAAAAUUAGAACUUCAGUCUUGUCAGUAUUAAGUUGUAACAGGUUGUUAGACAUCCAGUCCUCAAUGGCAACCAGAACGGUUGUUUAAGACAGACAGUUUAUCUGCGUUAUCAGGCUUCAAAGACACAUAGAGCUGAAUAUCAUGGGCGUAACAGUGAUAGGAUAUAUCUGUGCAAUUGCUAAUGAUAUUACCUAAGGGGAGCAUAUAUCAAGCAAAUAAUAAAGGACCCACGACAGAAGCCUGGGGCACACUACAGGAAAGAGCAAAGGUUUCAGACAGGUAUGCACCUAGUGACACGGAAAGCCUCCUAUCAGAGAGAUAGGAGGAGAAACCAGUCCAGGGCGCUCCCAGAGACACCCACCCACUGCCUUUCAAUCAUGAUCCUGUGGUCCACCGUGUCAAAAGCUGCACUGAGAUCGAGCAGCACCAACACGGAGCAUUCACCCUUAUCAGCAGACAUCGUAAUGUCGUUGGUGACUCUAAGACGUGCAGUUUCAGUUGAAUGCUUCUGGAGGAAACCUGAUUGGAAGUUGUCGAAGAUUUGGUGAGUUGGCAGGAAGGUUGGCAGCAACUUUUUCUAGGAUUUUAGAUAUAAAUGACUUGUUGACAUUAAGAAAAUCCGCAGCAAAACUGCAGGAGACGUCUUCGACAUGAAUAAUAAUCCAACGUAAUAAUAGAAAAAUGAUUUUAGUGCAUAGGACUGAAUUCUGAUAUAAAAGAACUGUUAAAACCAGGGGGGCGGUAAAUUAAAAUACAAUAAAAUGGAUUAGAAAAAACAACUUUGGUUAAGUGCAGUUCAAAAGAGGAGAAAGCUGCAGUGCCCACUGUCCGAUACUGGAAACACUCCUUAAAAACCACAGCAGCGACCCCCCCACCAUGAUAUGAAAUGUUGUGUCAGAGGCGUUCCUCCGUGCUCAGUGACAUAAUUCUACUCUCAUAACAACGCAUCAGACAAACACACCUCACCAGUAUGAAGGUUGUGAAUCCUCCCUGCAACAGGUGCUUUUUCCUUUGGAUUACAAACAGAAUUUUGCUACAACAAAUUGAAAACUUUGAUUAGAGAGCGUAAACACAAAGGAGGCGUCCCUUAUCAUAUCCUGAAGGAGGCAAGACAUUGAGCAUGAGCCUGUGUUUGUCUACAGCGCCAAAGAAGUGCCAGGGAGAAGCCUCUAUGGCGAGGGAAUCAUCGCCCUCCUAGCUCCACCAGGGGCCUGUUAAACCUGCUCCGAGCUGCACUGGUGGACCCAUCGUUCUCCACCAGGAGGCUCACUCCAACCCAUCUGCCAGCUCAGAUACCCCUCUGAUCGUUGGCAACCACAUGUUUGAGGUGACUGUGUGUGACCGCCGCCGCCGCCGCCCAUACUUGAGCAGCAGCAGCCUCCUGCGACCCCAAUCUCCACCAUGCAGUGGAGACGGCGGCACUGCUGUCCCAUCAAGAUGACCUGGACCAUCAAGCGUUCAGUCUUUCGGACCCACGUGACAGGCCUCCUCUCGCUGGCUCUGCUCUUCACUUUCUUCUUAUUUUUUAGUCACCAGGACUGGCUGCCGGGACGCAGUGGGCUCCGGGAAAACCCACUCAGUAAUACAUUUAAGGCCCUUCGCAGCCCCAAGGGAGACGCCAACCAGAGCAGCUCCCUGAGGAGCCUGUGGAGGGACGCGGGAUAUGUAGCGCCAAAGCCUCUGCUCAACCUCAGCGCUCAGCAGGCGGAGGGGGCGGCAGGAGAGACCGUCGCAGGCAGGAUGGGUGUAAUGGGGCUUGGGGACACCAUGAGCACCAACAACAGUUUACAGAAGGAGAUGGGUGUGGGAGGGAGGCUCAGUGCUCAGCCCUACCGCUACAUCCUGAACGAGCCCUUCAAGUGCAGGGACACCACACCCUUCCUCAUACUCCUCAUUGCUGCAGAGCCCAGCCAGGCCGAUGCCCGGAACGCCAUCCGUGUGACGUGGGGGAAUGAGAGUGUAGCAAUGGGCCUGGUGUUUGUCCGUCUCUUUCUGCUCGGAGUAGGAAAGAGCUCUGACACAUUCCUUCAGAGCAGCAUCGAGGAAGAGAGCCGCAUUCACCAUGACAUCAUUCAACAGGACUACCAGGACACUUACUACAACCUGACCAUCAAAACCCUGAUGGGCAUGAACUGGGUGGCCACCCACUGCCCACAUGCCUCCUAUGUGAUGAAGACAGACAGCGACAUGUUUGUCAACACCGAGUAUCUCAUCCAAAAGCUGCUGAAGCCCGAGCUGCCUCCCAAGCAUCGGUUCUUCACUGGCUACCUGAUGAGAGGUUAUGCACCAAACAGAAACAAGGACAGCAAGUGGUACAUGGCGCCAGAGCUUUACCCAAGCGAGCGCUACCCAAUAUUCUGCUCGGGCACGGGGUAUGUGUUCUCAGGGGACAUGGCCGAGCUGAUCUACCAGGCCUCUCUCGGCAUACGCAGACUGCACUUGGAGGAUGUUUACGUGGGGAUCUGCUUGGCGAAGCUGCGCAUCGACCCGGUGCCCCCACCCAAUGAGUUCCUCUUCAACCACUGGCGGGUGUCUUACUCCAGUUGUAAGUACAGCCACCUGAUCACGUCGCAUCAGUUCCACCCCAACGAACUCAUCAAGUACUGGAACCACUUGCAGAGCAACAAGCACAACGCCUGCAUCAACAUAGCCAAGGAAAAGAACGGCAGGUACCGACACCGAAGGUUUCAUGGAGAGAGGCCUCCAUGACGCAUCCUGUGACCGCCAAAAAACAAAGGGAGAUGGGCACACUGUAACUACAGCCGUUGGAGGGCACGUGGAACUCAGCACUAUACACUAUUUGGGGAAAAGCACAUUGUUUUUGGUAUUGUGUACAGUUGAUGAUCCAAACUAUUUUUUUAAUUUGAGAAAAAAAAAAAGGUAAUUAUGGUGAGCUAUUGCUGAAGGGGGGGAGGGGGGAGGGGGGGGAAGGACAUAAUUAUAAUAAUUCAGGUGCCAACAGGAACGUGGUCAUUCAUGCUAAUGUGUAGGUUCUCCUCUAAAGGGAAGUACAGUACGUCAAAAAAACAACAACUGUGACACAGUCGUGUUUACACAGACACAAAGGGAAAUGUAAGUGUGUUAUGUGGAAAGUUACACUACCUAAAUAUGAAUGAAAGUAUCUUUGACAUUGACCAGUGAUGCUGCCCUGUUUCUCAGUGUUUACUUUACAUAUUUAUCAAAGAACACGACUCUAACCAGAGGGGUUUAUCUGUCAUAUACUGUAUUUUAUUUUGAAAAAGAAAUCGACACAGAAGCACUCAGAAUCACGACAGAGAUGACUGAGAUUGUAUUUUUUAAAGCUUUACAUUGAUUAUGACUGCACUCGAGCAAAUGUGCAAUGAAUCAACUAACAAUUAAAUGUAUUGAAGUCA